GUCACCAGUCUGUCCUUUUACAUCACACGUGCGUGUGUGAGUCGCCCCGAAAAUUUUGUGAUUCAAAGUCAUUUCAUACAGAAAACAAGAUGUUGACCGCCGCAAGAUUGUCGUGUAGAAAUUUAAGAAAAAGCACAGAUAUUUUUCAAAGCCGAUAUUUUAGUAAUUUGUCUCGGAAGGAUUUGGGUUCACUGAGUUCCUACAGUAAUACACAUAAUGUACAAACACAGCGACAUGCGUCUGAUAAAGUCAAAGGUCAUGUCAUCGGCAUUGAUCUGGGCACCACCAACUCAUGUGUUGCCAUUAUGGAAGGAAAGACGGCAAAGGUAUUGGAGAAUUCAGAAGGUUCACGGACCACACCCUCAGUGGUAGCCUUUACAGCUGAGGGGGAACGGUUAACAGGCAUGCCAGCCAAGAGACAGUCAGUUACGAAUUCAGCAAACACAUUUUCAGCAACAAAAAGAUUAAUAGGACGCCGAUUCAAUGAUGCUGAGGUUCAGAAAGAUAUGAAAAAUGUUUCCUUUAAAAUAGUGCGAGCUUCGAAUGGAGAUGCGUGGGUUGAAGCCCAUGGCAAGAUGUAUUCACCAAGUCAAGUGGGAGCUUUUGUUCUGGUGAAGAUGAAGGAAACGGCUGACAGCUAUCUCGGUCAGCCGGUCAAAAAUGCUGUUGUCACGGUUCCUGCUUACUUCAAUGACUCGCAGAGACAGGCCACAAAAGAUGCCGGUCAGAUCUCUGGGCUGAAUGUUCUCCGUGUGAUCAAUGAGCCAACUGCCGCUGCUCUCGCAUAUGGUAUGGACAAGACCGAGGAUAAGAUUAUUGCUGUUUACGACUUGGGCGGUGGUACGUUUGAUAUCUCGGUCCUAGAGAUCCAGAAGGGUGUGUUUGAGGUCAAGUCGACAAAUGGAGACACUUUCUUGGGUGGUGAGGACUUCGAUAACUACCUCUUGAAAUACCUGGUUGGUGAAUUCAAACGAGAAUCGGGCAUCGACAUCACGAAGGACAGCAUGGCACUACAACGGUUACGAGAAGCUGCUGAAAAGGCAAAGAUAGAACUCUCGUCAUCAAUACAGACUGACAUCAAUCUUCCAUACCUGACGGUUGACGCCAGCGGUCCCAAGCACAUGAACCUCAAAUUGACACGUUCCAAGUUAGAGAGUCUUGUUGGUGAUCUGAUCCAGCGAACAGUUGGUCCAUGCAACAAAGCCAUGCAGGAUGCUGAGGUGAAGAAGACAGAUAUUGGUGAGGUGAUCCUGGUGGGAGGAAUGACAAGGAUGCCAAAGGUUCAGUCAACAGUACAAGAGGUGUUCGGGCGACAGCCGAGCAAGUCUGUGAACCCUGAUGAGGCUGUAGCUAUUGGUGCUGCUAUCCAAGGAGGUGUGUUAGCUGGUGAUGUGACUGAUGUCCUCUUAUUAGAUGUCACACCUCUCUCCCUUGGAAUUGAAACUCUAGGUGGCGUCUUCACCAAGUUGAUUAGUAGAAAUACAACCAUUCCUACGAAAAAGAGCCAGGUGUUCUCGACAGCAGCCGAUGGCCAGACACAAGUAGAAAUCAAAGUACACCAGGGUGAACGUGAAAUGGCCACUGACAACAAACUUUUAGGACAAUUUCAAUUGGUUGGAAUCCCACCAGCACCACGAGGUGUGCCCCAGGUUGAAGUGACAUUUGAUAUUGACGCUAAUGGUAUUGUGAAUGUAUCGGCGAGGGACAAGGGAACCGGCAAGGAACAGCAGAUUGUCAUCCAAUCGUCGGGAGGCCUCAGUAAUGAUGAGAUUGAGAACAUGGUGAAGAAUGCUGAGCGGUAUGCAGAAGAGGACAAACAGAAGAAAGAACGAGUUGAGGCUGUUAACUGGGCCGAAGGUGUUGUACAUGACACGGAAAGCAAGAUUGGUGAAUUCAAGGACCAACUACCAGCAGAUGAGUGCGACAAGAUCAUGACGGAGAUUGCCAAGGUGAAGGAAAUGCUAGCCAACAAAGAUGGUGAAACCGCAGAAUCAAUCCGGGAAAAGACAUCAGAGUUACAACAGCAGUCGUUGAAGUUAUUCGAUGCUGCUUACAAAAAGAUGGCGGCGGAGCGUGAGGGCAGCCAAGCUGGCUCCGAUCAAACGACGGGUGAAUCGAGUGGCUCAAGUGACUCAAGUGACUCUACGGAUCCUUCAGAUAAGAAGGAAGACAAGAAUUGAUUAAGACAAUAAUGGCUUCUUUCAAAAACAUUCUUAGUGGAUGGCAAUUGUCUGGCUGCAAGUGACACUGUCUCGAAUAAUAAACUUAUUGAGCGCAUGUGCUGGCCAAGUAAGGAUGUGACUACCUGUGUUGCCAAUCGGAGUCGUCUCUCAAACAAGUGGUUCACAACAGGGUGUCUCAGUGGUUCUACUACAAGGAGUCUUGGCAAUGGUGUGGCUAUAGUUAUAGUUCUUGUUUUGAUUCGUAAACAUGAUUCCAUAGUGCAGAAGUCAGUCUGAAUGUGUAUGCUUCUUGUAGCCAGACCAGGUUUCCCCCGAUCCUGGUAUGCAGCCUGUUUCAGACUGGCUGAUGUUUGUUGUAAUAUAGUGGUCACGGCAGUCAUGUUGACCUACAUAUUUAUAUUCAUUUGCCUUGUGUUUGUAUAGAGAUGUGUCGAAUAAAAAAAAGAAAUUAAUCAUCAA